AUGUUCGCAGCAACGCGAAGAUGGUUCCAGCGCAACCGCACGCCCGUUGCCAUCGGCUUGGGCGUCGUCGGUGCUGGCUACGUCGUCACCACAUAUGUCCUGGGCAAACUCAGAGAUGCGCGUGAACGCAUGAGCAGCGAUCGCAUAGCAAAGGAGAAUUUGCGACGGCGCUUCGAGCAGAACCAGGAGGACUGCACCUUCACAGUCCUCGCCCUCCUCCCUACCGCGACGACCAACAUCCUUGAGGCGAUGAACACAGAGAAGAUCACAUAUGAGAUCCAGCAGAUGAAGGGGUCAGCAACUGCCAGGACCCGGAGCAUCGGCUCCACUAGCCCACCCAGCAUGUCCGAGACAAACGCGACAGACGACGACGGCCGCAGCAUCGUCACUGUGAGCGCGCAGAGCGAGGCUGGCAUACAUACAAGCCAGCUCUCAGUACCAACGCCACUACCCGGCACAUCACAGAGCAGCGGGACUGUUGAGGCGCCGCCAGCGGCUCAUUUGACACCACAAAAGCCGCGCAAGACCAAGAGACAGCUCUGGGAUGAUCUGACGAUAAGCUCAAUCACAAGAGCAUACACUCUCCUGUACACGCUCGGCCUCCUCACAAUGCUGACAAGGAUACAACUGAACCUCCUGGGCCGCCGCAGCUACCUCUCGAGCGUCGUCUCGCUCGCAACAGGUGGCGCUCAAGCGACUAUCAGCCUAGAAAACAACGACGACGAUGGCCCGGAGCAAGCCUACGGCACCGACUUCGACGUCAACCGCAAGUACCUUACCUUCAGUUGGUGGCUGCUCAACCGCGGAUGGAUCGACGUGAUGCAGCGGGUCGAGGCCGCCGUGCGCCAAGUUUUUGGGCACCUCAGCCCGCGGGACACGGUGACGCUCGACACCUUCUCCAGACUCACUCGCGACGUACGCAGCCUGGUGGAGGGCAGCGCGCCCGCGAGCGGGGUGGGCACCGCCUGGCUGCCUUUCCUGCUGCCGCCAGCCAACAUGGAGGAGUUUGUGCUGCGGGAAUCAGGCAUCCUCGAUGCCGAUGCCAACAACGACAACAACAACAACAACAAUUCCUCCACCUCCCACCUCGACCCGCGCUCUAAUCAGCCCCUUCCAUCAACCCCUCCCUCCUCCUCAAGCGCCCCACCGUCCCCCUCCACCGCCGCGUCACUCCGCCGCCUGCUAGACGAGACGGCGGACCUGAUCGAAUCGCCCGCCUUCUCGCUCGUGCUCACCCAGCUGCUAGACGCCGGCUUCUCAGUCCUGCUCGAGCAGAAGCUCACCGCGGGCGUGUUUGAUAGUAGUAGUUCAUUGUUGUCGCCCGCCCAAGCCCAACAACAACAACAAGGGUCUACUAUCCAAAGCACCACCAAUGUCGGCGCGAGCGCGGGCAGCAGCCGCGCGGUGCUGCUGCCCAAGAUCCUGAGCGUGCUCACCCGCCAGGCCCACGCCAUUGGCAACGGCAUGCCCAACGAGUACCUCCAGGCCAUGGAGUCGGUGGCCAACCUGGAAGGGUUUGCCGCGGUGGUGUACUCGAGCAACUGGCAGGCCGAGAUUGCUGCCGGGGAGCAAGGGGAU